ACAGAGCGCGCCGUCCCCACUCCCUACGCCGGAAUGGCUGGCUCCCAGCUGCCGCCACCGCUUCUGCUGCUGGCUUUGCUAUUGCUGCUGCUGCCGAAAACUUCUAGUACGACUCUCAGUCCUCACACUGUCACCUCUACAGGUGUUACAGCCCCAGAGGCCACGAACUCAACUCAUGAACCUCUGAUUUCCUCCUCCAGCCACAGCUCCUCCAGUUUAGUGACAACCCGCCCCUUGACAGGCCCAGAGACAGGCUCCACCACUCACCCUAGCACCCUUAGUUCAGAGGCAGAUUCCACAACCUCCCACAGCCCCUCAAGUUCAUGGGCAACCUCCACCAUCCCACCCACCCUACUACAGUCAGAGACAAUUACCCACCCCAGCUCUGGCUCCCCCAGUUCAGAGCUCCCCCCCACCCCCAACUCCAGCCCCCUGAGUUUCACCUCCUUCACCCCGCAUUCGAGUCCUACUUACCCCAGCUCCAGCACGGGGCCUUUCUCCAUGUCCUCAGCCACCACUGAUGGGACAUCCGUGGCCUCUGGCCUUGCUCCAGGUGACAGUGAGGCCCCCAAGUUACACAGGAACCCAGGUGUGGUGGUGGCUGUGUGUCUGCUGGUGUCUAUUUUGCUCAUCGGGUCUGUGGUAAUGGCUGUGAAGUGCUGCCACAAAGACGUGUCUGAGUUCCAGAGGAUGGAUGAGGAGACUGUCCACUGAAGGUCAUCCUUUGCCCAUCACCCACUGAAGUGAUCCUCAGGAGGCUGAGAGAGAGGGGGCUUGGAUGGAGCUGGGGCAUCUGGAGAAGGGCAAGGCUUGUGGGAAUAAAGCCCCUACUUUUCCUCUGUGGCA